AUGAUGAAUCAACAGAAUCCUCCAUGUAAAGUGUCCCUAAAGACUCCACUAAGUGGGCAGGGAGGCAAGCCUGAUCAACAACCUGGAGUUGUCACACCAGUGAUUAUGAAAAACAAGUCUGCCAUGAGUGGCGGAUUGGGGGGCAAGUACCAUGUCCAACAAACUCCAAUCUCACGUAAGAGUUCAAAAGAUGCAAAGUUGUUGUGUGAUAAGUGCAAGGAUCAGGGCCGGGGUAAACAAAAUACCAACACACGUGUUGAUGGAACUCGUAAGUCUCGAUGCUCAAACUCCCGGCAACAUUGUGAGAGUGUACAACUGACAAUACCGGAUCAGUCUGAGCAAGCAAUGCCGCAUGGUCGAAUUGGCAAGAAAAAUGCGCCAAAAAACAAAAACAAGAAUGUCAUGCCUCGAUCCAAGAACGCUUAUGGUUCUCCAUUCCGCGAGGCUGAGAGGAGGCCAAAUCAGACUCGUGGAGUUUCGAACAAGGAUGUUCGAGCGGGACGAACUUGA